AUGUUGGUUGAAGCUUUUAGAGAUCUAUUAGAUGAAGAUGGCGAUGUCUGUGUUGAUAACUGGGUUAAGUGUAAUUUAGAUGAUUGUAUUUGGUUUAUAAAUGUGGUUCAAUUGAAAAACCUGGGGUUCAUCUUCGUAUUUCUUUCAACAGAUCAUGCGCCAGUGAUCUCAAAGGUAACUAAUUCAGAGAUAACAAAGUUAUGUAUCGAACAAGGUUUUGAAGGUCACACUAUAGAUGUAAUAUUGACGUCAAUAUUGGAAAGAAUUGGAAAUUCUGAUACUUUGGAGUUUAAAUCACAAGAGCAUAAUAUCAAGUUCAGCUUGAAAAUUACAAGUACAAUAGAUGUUCAAUUGAUUUUGGAAAAUUUCAAUAUGGACUCCAAAUAUCUAUUCAAAAUAUUAAAUCGAUUUAAUAAAUUCUUAUUGGAAAAUUCAAUGAUAGCAAUUACACAGAUCAAGAAUCUAGCGUCAGUUAUCAAUGAGAAGGAUAAUGCUAUCGAAUUUUUAACCGAUAGGGUUAAAGACGCAUUGGGUGAUAAAAUCAUUGAUAGAUGGGCACCUCCAGGUUCCGUACAUUCAAAAAGUUUAAGAAAUUUCCAUUCCAGUAAUACCUCAUUAUCGCCAUACCUUAAAGCUGAUAAUAUGAAAACCAACAGCGAUGACAUAACAAAAUUCUUGACUAUGAAAAGGAUAUUCAGUGGCAUAGAGGCAAAAAGAAAUUUGAUCCAUAGACCAAGAUCGAAUAGUAAUGAAGAUAGUAAUGGAAACGAUGAUUUUAUUUCUUUUAAGAAUGAAGAUGAUUUCUGUUUCCCUGCAGAUCAUGAUGAACUUAAAUAUCUAGAAAAGCCUAACCAUGAAUUACAUAGUAUAUCGGAACCAGAUAUCAAGUUGGAAGCUGAUGAAAUUAAAUCGGGUCCUAUAAAGGAAGAAUUGGAAUCAACGACUUCCCAAGAUAAUACUGAACUGACACACUCACCCCACAAACGAAGAAAAUUUGGGAAAGUUAAAGUACAAGAAGGUUAA